AGCUAUUUACGGUUUUGAGAUAAAUUUGUAUUUAUUGUUAUUCUGGUAUCAUAUUAUAUUGAUUGAAAAAUUAAAUCUUAUUGUUUAAAAUACCAUUAGUGUAAGUAAAAUGUAAUUAAGAAGACUUUGAAUGCAAUGUUACCUGCUACAUGGCCCCAGGGUACAGGAAGUGGUGGAGCCCCACGGGAGCGUCAGAAAUUAGGCGAAACAGCCCCGGCAUCGCCUUCGAAAGAAGGACAAGCAUUUACGUUCGACAAAAAGCCAGAAAAUAAAUUACAACUUCAAGGUUCUCAAGAUGAAGAGGAGCCUUAUUUUACAAAACCUGCGUUAGCAUAUGAUCUACCUCGACCAAGAGCAAAUACAGUUUCUGAAGGUACUCAACCAACUAGAAAUACGUCAAAAACUCCAACAGUUUUUCGCUGGGAAGGAGGUGGCAGAGAUGUUUGUAUUUGUGGUACUUUUUCUAACUGGGAGACCAUACCAAUGGUAAAAAGUUAUGGAGAUUUCGUGGCCAUAAUUGAUCUUCCAGAAGGGGAACAUCAGUACAAGUUUUUUGUUGAUGGCGAAUGGAAAAACGAUCCUGGAAAUAAAAUUGUGGAAGAUGAUGGAGGUGCUAAAAAUAAUCUAAUUAUUGUCAAGAAAUCUGAUAUGGAAGUGUUUGAAGCUUUAGACAAAGAUAGUGAAAAUGCAAAAGAUGAUUCACAGAAAGAAUUUGGGCAAGAAAUACCUCCAAAUAAGCCAUGGGAAAAGCCAAAUGGGCCACCCAUUUUGCCACCUCAUUUGCUGCAAGUUAUACUGAACAAGGACACGCCAUUAUCAUGUGAGCCCACACUGCUGCCAGAACCAAACCAUGUCAUGUUAAAUCAUCUAUAUGCCUUGUCAAUUAAAGAUGGAGUUAUGGUUUUGAGUGCCACCCAUAGAUACAGGAAGAAAUAUGUUACCACUUUGCUUUAUAAGCCUAUCUAGUGAAUUUAACUUUAUUUUUGUAUAUAUGUAGAUGAUAUAUUUUUAAAUUGUGACUCUUUUCUGGAAUCCUGGUAUUUGCAGUUUUAGGGGAUUUAUUUUGUAGAUAAUUAUUAUUGAUGCUUUAACUUUUUUUGUAUAAUAUUAAAAUUAUGUUGAUAUAAGUAUUAAAGAAAUAAAUACUUUUAUUG